UCCUAGAAGAGCGAUGUGCAGCAGGCGCCAUUCUUGCGCCAUGUUGCUGUUUCUAUUAGCUUUUUGCAAUAGUAUCGUCAAUGUGCUUACAGAUGAUUUAGUGCGAUUGGAUCCCGGUGUGUCUAAGGGUGAAAGCAUAGUGUUGGAUUACGAGGCUAAUCGUGGUUACAGCUUCGUGGCUAGAAUUGGCAAUCAGGACAUAUCACUUCGGGUGGUAUCAAGUCUAGAGGGCUUGAUUCUAUUAUGUCAAGACACUUCAGCUUGUUCCCAUAUUAAUCUAGGUGGCAUUUGUUACGAUCCCAAGCUUUCCACUAGUGCCAUUUGGUGUAAGAAUUCGGACGCUUGCAUUCCGGGUGCGGAUGGCUAUCGCUGUGUUGAGCAGUCAUCUCAUGAGGGUUUACAGCCAGUGACUACUUUGGACUUUUACAGUGAGGGCAUAAGACACCGUGUCGAUACCUUUGAGGGCUAUGAAAACGUAUCCCUGCGUAAUGUUGGUUUAUUGGUCCCGCCUAUAUAUGAGCGUGUUCCAAUAAAACUGGCUACCAACAUGGUAGUUAACAACAGUUUGGAAUUUGGUCGUGACAUUGGUGGUUUCUUUGGCAUUAUAGGUUCUUCAGCCAGUUGCCGGGGCAAUUCAAUGUGGUCUGACAUUUUGCAGCGUUAUGAUGGUUUCUACAUGCUAGACCUCUAUGGUGACAUUGGGUCGUCCAGGGAUGUUGCUUCUGCUGUAAAUUGCAUUAAGCUGGGCUCUGACGUUGCGAAGAGCGAUGACAUUCUAUGGUCUGAGAAACGCCAGGUGGGUGGCAUAUUCACUGACGCUGCAACUGGCUUUACUGUUUAUGGCAUGUCUAUGUGUGGCACUGACAUGUUUGGCAAAACUUCUUCUAACUGGCACGUCAAUAUAGACUUGACAUCGCAAUGCUUGGUGUUACCUAAAAACUUUUGGUUUAGUGUUAUGGCUCAGUUACCUAUACUCAACAGUUGCUACCGCAUGGAUGGUCCUAAAUUAUGUCAACUAAAGCGUGGCGAUAUAGAAUUCUUACCUGAAAUCCAAUUUAGGUUACAUUCACAGGAUGACAGUAUUAUCAGUAUACCUCUGGAGAACCUAUUACUUGACGAUACUGCCACACCUAGGAUUUGUAUAGUACCUCAGGAAGACACGUAUUCACCUCCUAUUUUUACGGAUCGCCCUACUAUCAAGUUUGGUUACAAGGUCCUGGAGUCGCUGCAGGUGGUGGUGGACACCAAUGGGUACCGUGUAGGCUUCUUGCCUAAGAAGCCUGCGGAUACCAGUGAUGCCAUAUGCAACCCACGUGUUGAGUGCUUCGGUGAUCAGCAGUACAUUCCGGAACUCAACGAGUGCAUCCAGCCGUCAUGCAGCAUCUGGAGCUUCAAACGCCUGGAUGCCGACAAGGGACUUUGCGUCACAUCUCCAAGUGCGAUUGCGAUUUUAUAUGUGGUUAUAACAUUAUUCCUGAUAGCUGAGGUCAGGCGAUUUUUCAUUCGUCGUCAUGUUUUGAAGAAGGCUAAGCGUUUAUGCUAGUAGACCCUGUAUCUCACGUCUCUCUAUUAUCUGC